AUGGCUGCGAUGGCUGACAAUACAGGCAGAAUGUCUAUUUUCAUCCCCUUAACCACAGCAGACGAUUUGAUCAGAUUAGCCGGUUCAGAUGGGUAUUGCUCUGGAAGAGUUGAAAUAUACCACAACGGCACCUGGGGAACAGUCUGUGAUGAUGGCUGGGAUGCAAGAGAUGCAGAGGUAGUCUGCAGACAGUUAGGCUGUGGACAAUUGUUGGAUAUUCCUCCACCAGGCUACUUUGCUCAAGGCUAUGGACCGAUCUGGAUUGAUGAUGUGAACUGCAGAGGGAGUGAAACUUCUCUUCUCACAUGUUGGCACCAAGGAUUCGGAACACAUGACUGUGAACACUACGAGGAUGCUGGCGUCAUUUGUUCAUAUAAUAAAAUCCAGGUAUUUAGAUCAUGCAGUGGACCUGUUGAUAUAUACUAUGAUGGUGUCUGGAGAGCAGUCAGCAAUAAUGGGUUCGACAUGAAUGCUGCUAAUGUGGCCUGCAGACAGAUGGGCUGUGGUCCAGCGUCAUCGAUCUAUCGCUACGACUCCUCCAAGAGUUAUUUUUAUGAAAUGAUCUGUUCAGGAAAUGAAAGUUCUCUAACAGAAUGUCAGAACGGUAAAUUGUUGCCAUAUCAAUAUGGAUACCAUUCUGUUGUUUAUUGUACAGGUUACUCGGUCAGAUUGGUCGGGCCAUCCCGGUGCUCUGGAAGGGUUGAAAUCUAUUUCAGUGAUACCUGGGGAACUGUGUGUGAUAAUGGCUGGGAUAUAAAUGAUGCUCAGGUGGUCUGCAGUCAGUUAGGCUGUGGUACAGCACUAGCUGCCCCUCACUCUGCCUACUUUGGAAAAGGAAUGGAUAAAAUCUGGGUUGAUAAUGUGGCCUGUACAGGGACUGAAACACACCUGAGUGGAUGUUCAUUUAGUGGAUUCAGAGCACACAGCAGUAGCCACAGUCAGGAUGCAAGUGUCAUCUGUUCAGCUGGUCUGAUACGAUUAGUCGGACCAAACAGGUGUUCUGGAAGAGUUGAAAUCUACAACAAUGGAUCUUGGGGAACAGUCUGCAAUGUGAGCAAAGACCUAAAAGAUGCCAGAGUAUUCUGCAGACAGCUAGGCUGUGGUACGGCACUGGGUCUCCUUCACUUUGGAGAGGGAGCAGGGCAGAUCUGGCUGGAUGAUGUGGCCUGUACAGGGAACGAAAGAUAUUUCUCUGAAUGUAUGCGAAAUGGAUCUGUGAGACAGGACUGUGCACAUAGUGAGGAUUUAGGUGUAAUCUGUUCAGGCCUAAUAAAGCCCACGAUCACCAUAAAUCCUCAAAGUAACAUUACCUUGGGUCAGAAUGUCAGCAUCACUUGUUCGAUCCCUGAUGGACAACUAGGAGGAACAUUUAUCUUGAAUCGGACCUCAGACGCAUUCAGUCUGACUGUAAAGUCAUAUAGCAACUCUGGUACUUUUUAUAUUCCUCAAAUUGGUUUUGAGCAUGAGGGAAGGUACCAGUGUCAGUUUCAAAUUAGGGUUUCUAAUGAAGACUUCAGCACAGACUUUAGUAACUCCGUGCAGCUAUUUUCAAAUGGUAUUUUUUUUUAUUUUAUAAUCCUUCCAAAACCCAGCAUCACCAUUGAUACUGCUGGUGCGAUUACCUUGGGUCAGCUAGUUGCCAUCACUUGCUCCAUCUCAACUCAGUUGUUAGAUGGUUUAUUCACUCUGCAGAAAUACUACCCGCAUGAUAGUCUGAUUAGAUUAGCAGGAUCAAAUGCAUCAUGUUCUGGAAGAGUUGAAAUAUACCACAAUGAUACCUGGGGAACAGUCUGUGAUGAUGGUUGGGACCUAAAUGAUGCUGAGGUGGCCUGCAGACAGCUAGGCUGUGGUCCUGCUUUGGGUGCUCCUCAGUCUGCCUACUUUGGUCAAGGGACGGGACAAAUCUGGCUUGAUGAUCUGGUCUGUUUAGGAAAUGAAACUUCUCUUGGCAUAUGUAGGCACAGUGGAUUUGGGACUCAUAAUUGUGUUCACAACGAGGAUGCUGGUGUCAUCUGUUCAAGUGAAGCAUACACUGGAAGAAUUGAGGUAUACUACAAUACCUCCUGGGGAACAGUCUGCAAUGAUGGCUGGGACAUGAAUGAUACUUAUGUUGCCUGCAGACAGUCGGGCUGUGGCCCAGCAAUACCUGCAACAGGUGGCAACAUCAAAUUGGUUGGUCCAGUUCUGUGCUCUGGAAGAGUUGAAAUCUACAACAAUGGAACCUGGGGAACAGUAUGCAAUGAUAACUGGGACAUAAAUGAUGCUAGAGUGGUCUGCAGACAGCUAGGCUGUGGUACAGCAGUGAGUGUCCGUCAGUUUCAACAAGGAACAGGACAAAUCUGGCUUGAUGAGGUGGCCUGUAUAGGCAGUGAAAAAUAUUUAUCUGAGUGCUCCCACACUGGAUUUGGGACACAUAAUUGUGUCCAUAGUCAGGAUGCUGGUGUCAUCUGUUCAGGGUCUAAGAAUACUAAACCUGAUGCUCUGUCCCGUCAGUUUUCUGCUGAUGAGGUUGAACUUAAACCGGUCUCCAUUCUGCCUUCUAGCUGGACGGUGGGUUCUCUUAGGUGGGAGAUUGAGGACUUUGUUACCCGCGCUCAGCGGGAGGAACCUGAUCCAGGCACUGGUCCACAAGACAAGAUUUUUGUUCCCACCAUUGCCCGUUCUCGUGUCAUCCAUUGGCACCACUCUGCUAAGUUUUCUGCUCAUCCUGGGCUGUUUGGAACUCCACUGUCCGGGCCCUUCAGCGGACUGCUGAACUCAACAAACGUUUUGCUGACAGAAGACGUCGACCAGCUCCUGUUUACCGCCCAGGGCAACAAGUCUGGUUAUCCACCCAUGACACUCCUCUAA